UUCUAGGGGAUGAGAUUGGUCUCACGUGAAUUACACGUGAAAAGUUUCUAUACCCAGCGUCACUACAACCCCCACGCCCAUCGUCCGUUGUAGGCGACGAUCAUACGAAGACGCUCGCCGCGCCGCGCCCUCGUUAUCCUUCGAAGUGAAGCACAACUGCGCUCUCCCUAUGCAGCAAGCUCUUUUUGUAUCGACUGCGUCGCAGGUGACAGCAACCAUUGUUGUCUCUUCUGCCUAUGCCCCCUUCAUAUUCGCCGGAACUUCAUCAUAGCGAUCGUAAAGUAGUUUAGAAGAGCAUGUCAUUUCCAAUUUUUCCUUCCAAGCGUUCUUAUGAAAGAAAUCCCUUUGAGUUGAAUGGGAGGGGAAAAUGGCAAAAGACAGGACCUCAUUCAAAAAAGCAGAAACAGAUAAAAAGCUCCUCCUGGGGCUACCAUGUUCCGUAUUCUUUGUCCUGCAUCAAAAUCUGGCAGUUUUGUUGGUGACAGUGGAGAAAUUGUUGCAAGGAUACAGAAAGAGACUGGUGCCAAAAUUAGACUUGAAGAAAUUGUUUCUGGCUGUGAUGAGAGACUUAUUCUUAUCACUGGAUCAGAGAAAGAUGCAGAACUUGGCAAUGAACCUAAAAAAGAAGAUGAAGUUUCUGAAGGUAGUGAUAAUCUCAAGGAAAGUGCUGAGAAUGUUGGUGAGUCCGAGGACUCUUCUGCGCCAGAAAGCACAAAGGUAGAUGAAGGACCACCAUUAUUAGUUAAUGCUCUCUUACUUAUUUUUGAGAGAAUUAUUGAAAAUGAACCGGACAAUGAGGUGGAUGAAGAAGAAAAUAAGAAGCAAACUACAGUUUCUGCAAGAUUGUUAAUUCUGUCUAACCAGGUAGGUUGUCUACUUGGGAAGGGUGGGAGUGUUAUUAAGCAAAUAUCAGCAGACAGUGGGGCCCAGAUUCGUAUACUUCCAAAAGACAAACUUCCUUUGUGCGGCACACAGCAGGAUGAAAUUGUCCAGAUAACUGUAGGGGUUGAUUCAGUGAAGAAAGCUCUGCAUUUAGUUGGUCAGCAACUCCUAGAUAACCCAACACGUGAACGUGAUUCUUUUCCUCUGGCAAAUUCUUCUGGUCCCUUGUCACAUCCAUUCGCUUCUAUUCCUCAGUCAGAAGGUUUCCACCACCAAAUUUUCAUUAUCCUCCUCAAGGACCACCUUUCUCCAACAGGCCCCAUGACAUGACUGACUUCCAUCCAGGCAUGGGCCCACCUUUUCCUAAAUUUCAUGAAAGUGGACCACCCAUACAUCCUCAAAUCUCUCCAGAGCCCAUAACUUUCAGGUUACUCUGCCCUGCUGAGAAGGUUGGGAGUGUGAUAGGGAAAGGAGGGAACAUUGUGAAAACUCUUCAAAGUGAAACUGGUUGUGAAGUUAAAGUUACAGAGACAAAUCCUGAAUCAGAGAAUUGUAUUAUAAUCAUAUCUGGUGUUGCAGUAAGCUCCUUUGUCCCUACUCUUUUUAAUAGCACACUGGUUAUUAAGUUAGUGAAUAAAGACUGAUAUUCUCUUUUCACGUUUAAAUAUUAAAUUGAUCCAAUCCUUCUUGUUGUAACUUGUAUGAUGUUUCACAAGUGUUUAGAUACACAGUGUCUUAUUGUGAAUUACGUUGUUAUUGUGCAAUUUGAGGGUAUAGGUAAAGCUAAGCACUUAGAUUCAUUACAA